GUUGAAACGGUGUACGGAAGAGACACACGCUCUUGCGCUCCCGCCUCGGCGCACGUGUUCUGAUUGGCUGCGAUUAUGUUCGAAUUUAAUAUUCAUUUGUCUGCUGCUAUUUUGGCGUAACUUUGUUUUGGUUUGCGCAGGCAUUGCAGCGAUAACGCCUGGAAUAGCGCCAAGGAAAUUCGAUAACUGCAAAAAAUUGAAUAGCAUUUUUUUCCGGAAAGGACAAAGCAAGAGGCGCCGCAGACAUGAAGGCCAGCUUACCCAUGGCCCUGACGCUGGCGAUUGCUCUAUGCUCUGGCACGAAGAUUGCUGGUGCAGAGGUGGCACAUGACAAUCUGGCGCUCCCACAAGGGGACACACAGAGGUUCGUUCUUCCAGCGCCAGGCCUCCGACACAGACCAACAGGGCCACAGCAAGUGACACAACAGCAAUUUGUAGGCAACGUGGGAAAGCAGCUGCUUCAAGACUAUGGUGGCAACGGUGGGAUUAAUACUGGGCCUUCUGGCAAUGGCAUAGUAGGCAACUUGCUUCCCCUGGACCCUGGCACAGCGAUGCCCCAGGUGCUGGCAUUAGACGUGGCAUGCCAAAGGGACCAGAUGAGGGUCAGGUUAACUUUCGAUUCUCCUUUCAACGGUGUUGUGUAUUCGAAGGGUUACUAUGGCAACCCACAGUGUAGUUACGUGGCACCGGGAACGAGCAGGAGUGAGUACGAAUUUGUGGUGGUGUCGGGCACGUGCGGCACUCGCUUCGUGGAGACCCCGGGCGCCCCGUCGUACCUGGAAAACACAGUCGUCAUUCAGAACGAGCCUGGCAUCCAGGAGGUGUGGGACACCGCCCGUGGCGUGCGCUGCGUGUUCGAGGGCGCGGGCGGCGACUCGACGCAGCGGGUUAGCGCGGCGCUGAGCGUGGCCAUGCUGGACCAGCAGGUCGUGUCCUUCGCCGCCGACUCGCAGGCCUCCGCCUCGCUCGACAUCCAGAUCGGGCGCGGCCCCUUCGCCCCGUCGGCGUCGGGCAUGGUCAAGAUCGGCGAGCUGAUGACGAUGGUGGUGGCCGUCGAGGGCCCCGCCAGCGCCGACGUCCUCGUCAGACAGUGCGUCGCCCACGACGGAUCCAGGCAGAACCCCUACCAACUCACGGACGAGAACGGCUGUGUCCUCGGCUCCAAGAAGAAAAUUUUGGGUUCGUGGCAAAAAUCCCGUGACACUGGCAACUCCAAAAUUCCUGUGGUCACCUUCUCUCACUUCCAGGCUUUCAAAUUCCCAGACAAGAACGACGUGUAUAUUGAGUGCCAAGUGGACCUCUGCAGUAACGGCUGCCCCAUUUGCCCCGAGGACGGCUCCGCCGGUCGUCGUCGGCGCGCGGUUCCCGCGGCCCGCGCGGAGCUGCCUCCUCCAGGCACGCUGGGCGAGGCCGCAGAGCGCAUGGAGGCGCAGCUGUUCCGUGAGCGCAGCGCAGCGAGAGCGGCAGGCGCGAAGGGCGGCGCGCGGGCUGUCGCGAACGACCUGGCGAAGAACGAGAGCGCGGGCGCGCCGGUGCGCGUAGCACGGCGCCUGCGCGUGCUCUCGCCGGAGGACAUCUCUGUGGGCGGCGACGAGUUCUCGACCGUCACCCUCGUCACCAAGAACGCGGGCGCCGCCCCCGAGGACGUGUGCAUGAGCGUGGCGACCUUCGUGGGCGGCCUGGUGGUCAUGCUGGCGGUGCUCGUGCUGUCGUCGGUGGUGACGGCGGUGCUGUGCCUGCGCGUGCGCACCAUCCCGUCGGCGGCGUCGACGUACCCGCCCGACUCCUCCUUCCACGCCUUCAGCACUGUCUCCGGCAAGACGUUGUGAGGCCCGGGGGGGGGGGGGGGGGGGUGCAAGACUAUGGGGGAAGAAAGGGGCGGGGGGAGGGAAGGAGGGGAGGGACGGAAGGGUAGGAUUUUCUCUAUAGGAUGCCGCUGUGAUUUUUGUGCGUUGUAUAUAUAUAUAUACUUAUAUAUAUAUAUAUAUAUAUAUAUAUAUACACAUACACACACACACACACACACACACACACACACACACACACACACACACACACACAC